AUGGUGGUCGCGUCGGGAGCAGUGCGAGAGUGGGCGACCUCAUAUAGCCGGCGCGGGAGGCGUUUCCUUUAUUUGUUGGUUGUACGCCGCGUGACUGUGUCGUUCUACAGGACAUCAUGCGGACAUUACUGGUAUGCAUGCUGUGGCCCCAGGCAGGGAGGUUUUAGACAAGGGAGACUCCAGGCGGCUGGACCACUUCCCGGCGCAGUCAACAGAAUCAGAAGACCUGGAUUAGCCAGGCCAUCUUUCAAAUCCGUAGACGCCGCGCCGAGACCAAGUCUACAAUCGCUUGAAGAAACUGCUAAACCCGUCACAGAGGAGCCAGAAGACGAAGUAGAUAUUAAUACACCCACAGCUUUCAUACCAAAUGCUUUUUCAACGGCCGAGCCGCAAAACGAUUAUUAUGACAUCACAACUACAUCGCAGCCAAAACCUCCGAUCGUCUACAAUCCUACACCGUUUACGCAAACUACGCCCACACCGCCGAGACCGGAACCCAUAAGACCAACACAAUACAGGCCACUAGUUUCACCGCAGUCUUUCGCUCCCCAAAGAAACGAGGCUCCUUUAAGGCCGCAACCAGCACGUCUGCAACCCUUAUCCAGCAGACCACAGAGGCCAGCAUUCCGCCCCGAGCCCAAACCUUUUAUCGAUGAAGAAGAAGAAGUGCCGAUUCAACCCGUAAGGCAAUAUUCCCGCCCACAAGAACCGAUUAAUCGUGCCCCCGUGAAGAGCGUACCACAGAAGUAUCAACCAUCAAACUCUAGGGAGAAGAAACCAGUUGCACAAAUCAUAAGGAAAUUCAGAGAAGAAAACGAGGACGGAAGCAUCACCUGGGGCUUUGAGAACGAUGACGGUUCGUUCAAGGAGGAGACAAUCGGCAUUGACUGCGUAACUCGGGGCAAAUACGGCUACGUCGAUCCAGACGGCUUGAAGCGUGAAUAUAAUUAUGAGACUGGUAUCCCCUGCGAUAAAGCGAAUGAAGAUAAGGAACAGAAGGGUUUCAUUGAUUAUCAAGAAAAUAAGGCCGUAUUGCCCAACGGCAUUACAAUUGAUCUCGCAGCUAUGGGCAAAAAAUCUAAGAGGCCAUUCAGAUCACCUAGCAUUCAU